AUGUCCACCUUGACUGUCACCCGUCAGGCCACGCGCCAAAUGGGCCUGGGGGCUCGCGUGCUCGCCAGCCGCCGCAACGCUGGCUCGAGCAGUGGCGCCAAGCCCCUGACCGCCAACUCGCAGUCCUACGUGGAUCGUGAAGACCGCUUUGGUUGCCACAAUUACCACCCUCUCCCUGUCGUCCUGGCCAAGGGUCAAGGCAUCUUUGUGUGGGAUGUCGACGGCAACCGCUACUUUGACUUUCUCUCCGCCUACUCGGCCGUGAACCAGGGUCACUGCCACCCCCGCCUGCUCAAGGCACUCAAGGAUCAGGCGGACAGCAUGACGCUGAGCUCGCGCGCGUUUUACAACUCCAAGCUCGGCGAGUUUGAGGAGUAUGCUUCCAACCUCUUUGGUUAUGACAAGUUUCUCCCCAUGAACACCGGUGUCGAGGCUUGGGAGUCUGGCGUCAAGCUGGCGCGUCGUUGGGGCUACGCCGUCAAGGGCAUCCCAGACAAUCAGGCCAAGAUCAUUUUUGCCCAGGAGAACUUCCACGGCCGUACCAUGGCUGCCAUCUCGGCCUCGACUGAUCCCGAAAGCUACGGUUCCUUUGGCCCCUUCAUGCCUGGUUUCGAAACAGUCCCCUACAACGACCUCGACGCUGUCAAGAAGGCUGUUCAGGACCCCAACGUCGCUGCCUACCUUUGCGAGCCCAUCCAGGGUGAGGCGGGUGUCGUCGUCCCGGACGAGGGCUACCUGAGCGAGGUCAAGCGCAUCUGCAAGGAGAACAACGUUCUCUUUGUCGCUGAUGAGGUCCAGACUGGUUGCGCCCGUACCGGUCGUCGCCUUGCUGUUGAUUACGAGCAGGUCAAGCCCGACAUUGUCAUCCUCGGCAAGGCUCUCUCCGGUGGUGUGCUUCCCGUCUCGGGUGUCCUUGCCAACGAUGACAUUAUGCUGACCAUCAAGCCCGGCCAACACGGCUCCACCUUCGGUGGCAACCCCCUGGCUUGUGCUGUCGGCCUCGAGGCCCUCAAGGUCAUUGAGGAGGAGAAGCUGGCCGAGAACGCCUUUGCGAUGGGUGAGAUCAUGCGUCAAAAGCUCGUGGACAUCAAGUCCCCCUAUGUCUCUGUGGUCCGCGGCAAGGGUCUGCUCAACGCCAUUGUCAUUAAGCCUUUUGGCAACACGACGGCCUGGGAUGUGUGCAUGAAGCUGCGUGACGAGGGUCUGCUCUGCAAGCCCACGCACGACGAUAUCAUCCGCCUGGCCCCUCCUCUGGUCAUCAACAAGGACCAGGUCGAGGAGAGCUGCGCCAUCAUUGAGAAGGUCCUUCGCUCAUACGAGUAAAAAGCAUGAUGUGCUAUUUGUGAUUGGAUUUACUUCGUUCCUUUCUUGUGAUUGUGCUUCCCGUGCUAUCUCCCUUCCUCCAUCUUGUACUUUUUUUUUUUUUUUUUUACCUCCGACCAUGCCCGUUGCCAGACAUCAUGUGCUCUGUUCCACCAGACUCCUGUGUCAACAAAACGCAUCAAUUAAUUUGAAAGUCAAAA